CCCGCCUGCAAGUUUGGCCGCUCUGAGCCCGGCGCUCCUGGACAUCGAGGCGCAUUUGUUUCCUCUUGGCUUUCGUGCGCCCCGUUUGGUGGGGACCCUCGGGAGCGAUGCCGAAGGAUGUGAUUUUAGUUGUGUGGUUGUGUGUGUGCACCGCCAGGACAGUGCUGGGCUUUGGCAUGGAUCCUGACCUUCAGAUGGAUAUUAUCACUGAGCUUGACCUUGUGAAUACCACCCUCGGAGUUACUCAGGUGUCUGGACUGCACAAUGCCAGCAAAGCAUUUUUGUUUCAAGAUACAGAAAGAGAGAUCUAUGCAGCCCCUCAUGUGAGUGAGAAAUUAAUUCAGCUGUUCCGGAAUAAGAGUGAAUUCACCUUUUUGGCUACUGUACGGCAGAAGUCAUCGACUUCAGGAGUGAUACUGUCCAUUCGAGAACUGGAACACAGCUAUUUUGAACUGGAGAGCAGUGGUCUGAGGGAUGAAAUCCGAUAUCACUACAUACAUAAUGGAAAGCCCAGGACGGAGGCUCUCCCGUACCGGAUGGCAGACGGGCAGUGGCACAAGGUCGCGCUGUCAGUUAGUGCCUCUCAUCUCCUGCUCCAUGUUGACUGCAACAGGAUUUAUGAACGUGUGAUAGACCCUCCUGAGACCAACCUUCCCCCAGGAAGCAAUUUGUGGCUUGGUCAGCGCAACCAAAAGCACGGCUUAUUCAAAGGAAUCAUCCAAGAUGGGAAAAUUAUCUUUAUGCCAAAUGGAUACAUAACACAGUGUCCGAAUCUGAAUCGCACUUGCCCAACUUGCAGUGAUUUCUUAAGCCUGGUGCAAGGAAUAAUGGAUUUACAAGAACUUUUGGCCAAGAUGACUGCAAAACUAAAUUAUGCCGAGACAAGACUUAGUCAAUUGGAAAACUGUCAUUGUGAGAAGACCUGUCAAAUGAGUGGUCUGCUCUAUAGGGACCAAGACUCCUGGGUAGACGGCGAUCACUGCAGGAACUGCACAUGCAAAAGUGGCACUGUGCAGUGUCGAAGGAUGACUUGUCCUCCCCUCAGUUGCUCCCCAGACUCCCUUCCUGUGCAUAUUGCUGGCCAGUGCUGUAAGGUCUGCCGACCAAAAUGUAUCUAUGGAGGAAAAGUCCUUGCAGAAGGCCAGCGGAUUUUAACCAAGAGCUGUCGGGAAUGCCGAGGUGGAGUUCUAGUAAAAAUCACAGAAGCAUGCCCUCCUUUGAACUGCUCAGAAAAGGAUCACAUUCUCCCAGAGAGCCAGUGCUGCAGUGUUUGCAGAGGUCAUAACUUUUGUGCAGAAGGGCCUAAAUGUGGUGAAAACUCAGAGUGCAAAAACUGGAAUACAAAAGCAACUUGUGAGUGCAAGAAUGGUUACAUCUCUGUCCAGGGAGACUCUGCCUACUGUGAAGAUAUUGAUGAGUGUGCAGCUAAGAUGCAUUACUGUCAUGCCAAUACAGUGUGUGUCAACCUGCCUGGGUUAUAUCGCUGUGACUGUGUCCCGGGAUACAUUCGUGUGGAUGACUUCUCUUGUACAGAGCACGACGAGUGUGGCAGUGGGCAGCACAGCUGUGAUGAGAAUGCCAUCUGCACCAACACUGUCCAGGGACACAGCUGCACGUGCAAACCGGGCUACGUGGGCAACGGGACCGUCUGCAGAGCAUUCUGCCAAGAGGGCUGCAGAUACGGUGGAACGUGCGUGGCUCCUAACAAAUGUGUCUGUCCUCCUGGGUUCACAGGAAGCCACUGCGAGAAAGACAUUGAUGAAUGUGCCUUAAGAACUCAUACCUGUUGGAAUGAUUCUGCCUGCAUCAACCUGGCAGGGGGCUUUGACUGCCUCUGUCCCGCUGGGCCCUCCUGCUCUGGUGACUGCCCCCAUGAAGGAGGACUGAAGCAUAAUGGGCAGGUGUGGACCCUGAAAGAAGACAGGUGUUCGGUCUGUUCCUGCAAGGAUGGGAAGAUACUCUGCCGACGGACAGCUUGCGAUUGCCAGAAUCCAAGUGUUGACCUUUUCUGUUGCCCAGAGUGUGACACCAGGGUUACAAGUCAAUGUUUAGAUCAAAAUGGACAGAAGCUCUAUCGAAGUGGAGACAACUGGACUCACAGCUGCCAGCAGUGCCGGUGUCUGGAAGGAGAGGUAGAUUGCUGGCCACUCGUGUGCCCCAAUUUGCACUGUGAGUUCAAAGCCAUCUUGGAAGGGGAGUGUUGCCCCCGCUGUGUCAGUGACCCCUGCCUGGCCGAUAACAUUGCCCAUGACAUCAGAAAAACCUGCCUGGACACCUAUGGCAUUUCGAGACUUAGUGGCUCAGUGUGGACAAUGGCUGGAUCUCCCUGCACAACCUGCAAAUGCAAGAAUGGAAGUGUCUGCUGUUCUGUGGAUUUGGAGUGUCUUCAUAAUAAUUGAAGUAUUGAAAAUGGAUCCAUCAUCAUGGAGAAAAGUGGACAAAAUGACCAUCCAACAUGAUAAAGAGCAGGCGUUGGUAUAUUUCACCACAGACAGUUCCCAAAGUCUCCGUCUAAGGAAGGUGUUUGGGGGGUGCCUUUUGGACCCACCACUUUGCUCAUUCUUGCUGACCUAGUCUAGGUGACCUACAGUGCAGUGCAUUUAAGUCUAUGAUUGUUAACAGAAGUUUCCCGUGUUGUAAACCACAUGUUUCCCUUAUCAGAUCACCUGCAAAUACAUUUAAAUGAUCUCAUGGUAAAAAUUGAUGUAUUUUUUGGUUUAUUUUGUGUACAAAUAUAAUAGACACUUGGCUCCUUUUAUUUUAUUUUUUCUGAUUUUUGGAUCAAAUUCUACAAAUAAAGUUGCCUGUUGUGA